AGUUCGGUGGCGCGCUGCUUUCCGGCACCUUGAGGAGACGGCGAGCCUUUGCGAAGGCUCCGCGCGGGAGGUGGCUGAGCGUCUAGAGAUGCCUGGCGGCGGUACCUCGUGUACCCGGAAGAGAAAAAGAAACUGGGACAUAGAAUACCCAUCCUUACCUGGAGGGAGUCCACUGAAGUUCAGAAGAGCAGGUCUCAGGACAGUGGGGGCAUCUGCCUCUCUCUCUGAAGCAUGGCUCAGGUGUGGAGAAGGAUUUCAGGACACUUCUGGGACCCUGUUGUUAACAGCUGAAAAGAAGAUUAUUACAGAGAAGCACCUUGAAUUAUCCCUGAGACCCAAGAAAGAAACUGCUGCAUCUAAGAGUACUAGUGGACUUACAGAUAUAACAUGGAGUUCCAGUGGAAGUGAUGUGUCAGAUGAGGAUAAAACACUUUUUAAAUCACAAAGAGAUAAUGGACAUAGUUCUAGGAUAGACAGAUUUUCUAAUAGGAACAAGAAUAUUUUAUGUACAGAAGAUGGGGCCAGUGAAGAUGAACUACAGUUUAUUGACUGGGAGAUUGACAGUGACAGGGAAGAUACUAGUGAGUAUAAUGAAUUUGAAGACUGUGAGAGUGUUGUGGAAAUAUCAGACUGUGCUUCCUGUUCAAGCAAUUAUUCUUCGACUAGUGAAGAGGGGUUCUCUGAGCUCUUGAAGAGAAGUUCUACAGAAAUUUUGGAAUAUUCAUCAGAUAGUGAAAAGGAAGAUGACUCAGAGAAUGCCUUGUUCAUUGAUUCAGAAUCCUCUCCCAAAAACCACAUGGAUUUUGGAACUGAUGUCAGAGAGGUGAUGGAGAGACCAAUAAGGCGGAAGGUGAAAUCUGCAGAGACCAUUUUGUACACGCCCCAGAAGCAGAUGUUUCCCAGGACUCCAGGACCAUCAGCAAAGAUGAAGCUUCUAAGAGGCGGGCUAGCAGAAAGACUAAAUGGACUGCAAAAUCGAGAGAGAUCUGCCAUUUCUUUAUGGAGACAUCAAUGUGUUUCUUACCAAAAGACACUUUCAGGUAGAAAGUCUGGCAUAUUAGUUGUGAAAAUUCUAGAGCUGCAUGAGGAAUGCACCAUCCAAGUUGCUAUGUGUGAGCAGUUAGCAGGGAUGCAAGCCGACAGCUCUUCUCUAGGUCAGGCCCCCAGGACUGGACUGAAGGUGCUGUUCACCAAGGAGACUGCUUGCCAUCUCAGGGGACAUCCCCAAGACAUCAUCCAUAUUUACCCUCCCUGGCAAAAGCUUAUUAUCCCAAAUGGAAGUUGCCCUGUUAUUCUGAAUACUUACUUUUGUCAGAAAAUUGUCACCAAAGAAGAUUCAAAAAUAAUACGUGAAGUGCACUGUUGGGACACACCCCUUCCAAGAAGAAGUAUCACUUUGGCCCAGAUGUUUAUAUUUAAGAACCUAACAAUUAAAUCUCCUGAAGGCCAGGUUAUGUGUAGUGAUCUCACUACCAUGAGGACAGAAUGCACCCAUGGACAUGAGGAAACCAAGCAAUGCUUCCCAGCUCAAGCUCCCCUGAGGGACUCUCUUCUGGAUGCAGUGGAAGGCCAGGGAGCUGCCCCAUGGUCAGGAGUCAAGGUCCGAGUGGUGGUACAAAGAGUUUACUCUCUUCCCUGCAGGUAUCAGCAGGGAGGUGGCUCAGCUGUUCCACCAGGCCCAGACCCAUCCAGAGCUCGAGUCUGCCUUCUCGUGCAAGAUGCCUAUGGAAUGUUCAGUGAAGUAUACUCUGAGGGCGCCAUCUUGAAAGACCAACAGUUGGAAGGGAAGUCCUGCAGCCUGAUGGGAAUGAAGGUUCUACAGAAGGCCACCAGAGGAAGGACAGCAGGGCUUUUCAGCUUGAUUGACACCAUGUGGCCUCCAGCCAUGCCUCUGAAAGCACCUGGCCGUGGCCAAGCCCAUGAAGAGGUAAAAACUCGUGUGCCUCCUCCUAGCUUCUGUUACAUCCUCUCCGCUCAUCCAAGUGUGGGACAGAUUGACGUCAUAGAAGAAGACCACAUUUCUAAGCUUUACCAACCUCCAGUUACCCGUUUCUUAAGAGAAAUUCUUCAGACCGAUGACCGCGGUACACGUUGCAGUUUCUAUGCCAGAGUGAUUUAUCAAAGAUCACAGCAAAGGGAGAUUUGGCUGAUGGUGACUGAUGUCACCCUGCAGAUGCAGGAUGAGAAUAACUCUGGCCUUCCCAAAACUGUACCGGUCUGUGUGGCCCCCUCAUGUGUGCUGAGCCAGGAAGUCGUGGAAGCGCUUGCCGAGGCUACCCCUCACAGCUUCCUCUUCAGGGACACUCUCCGAGCCCAGGGUCAGAUUGUUUGUGUUGAACGAAGUGUCCUUUUGCUUCAAAAGCCCCUUUUGGGUAUGGCCUCCAGUGCUCCCUCCUGUGAACUGACCAGCCCUGUGAAGCUCAAUGAACUGGAUUCUGUCACUCAGGUCAACUCCAUUUGCAGCGUUCAAGGCACUGUGGUUGGUGUGGAUGAGAGCACGGCUUUCUCAUGGCCCACCUGUGACCUGUGUGGCAACGAGAGACUGGAGCAGAGCCCGGGAGACAGAGGCGCCUUUUCCUGUGGGGACUGCUCCCGCGUGGUCAUCUCUCCUCUUCUCAGAAGGCACUUGCAGGUGUUCCUGGACUGCCCGUCUCGCCCCCAGUGCACAGUGAGGGUCAAGCUGUCCCAGGCCAGUAUUUCUUCGCUCCUGAGGUUCGCCGUCUGCGAAGAUGGGCUUUACCCACAGUGGAUAAUCAGGGCUUUACAUCUGACCUGCAAGGAGCUGCUAGAAGAUGGGUGUAAGAAGGUCCUCUGUGGAGACAUGAGCAUGAGUUUUGCAGUCUGGAUUCUGUCCAUUUUCUGGAGUUAUGAAGUGAAGAGUGUCCUCGGAAAGGAGGUGGGGCUGUUGAAUUGUUUUGUCCGGUCCGUAACCACCCACCCGGCUAGCUGCGUUGGAUUGGAGGAAAUUGAGCUCCUGACUGCAGGAAGAGCCUCUUCCCGACACUGCCCGUCGCCACAGGAGCUGUGAACUUUGUGAUGCAGCGGAGGUGGUGGUGGUUGGGGUAGUUAUUUGUUAACUACGGGCAGAGUGAGUGUACUGUAUGAUCUUGAAAUGGAACUUAGAUUUUUCCAGGGCAAAUGUUAGCAAGAUAAUUUUGUAAACUAUACCUCAAAAUGCUUUUUUCUACAGUUAUAUUUUACGACCUCUGUGCAAACUCAGGAACAUGUUAUAUUAAAACUUAACUAAGCUUGAGGCUUCAUUUCGUACUUCAUCUUAGGCAGUAUUAAAACAGCAAGAAAAAAAUUCUGCUCACUGGUAAUUUUUAAGUGUUUAAAACUGUUACUCCUAAAGUAUAGAUAAGUUACCUACCUGCUGUGAUUCUCGCUAUACCGAUAGGCCUGUUUAAUCAUGCUGGGUACUGUGCACAGAGAGCCGAGAUUACAGACUCAAGAGGAGUGAUUGGUUAUUGUUGGCUUUGUUGGCAGAGAUUUAAAUUAACACGAAACGAUGAAUAAAUUGUCUUUAGACAAUAAAGAUUUUGUUUCCUCCUUUAUAACAAGACAAUCAUGACAGGCCACGGUUAAAUUACAUAAGAUAGACCUAGCAGUCCAGAGCAAGAAAGGGCGCCGAGUACCCGCUUUAAUUGGGGGAAAGGUGAACGGCUUGAUUUGUCCUGAUGAAGCUUUGAAACAUUUCAACGACCGGCAGCACUGCUGCUUUUGAGGAGCUUUUUGACCGUCUUUUGCAUCUACCACAGAACUAUCUGAUGUUUACACCCACUCGGAAAACCUACUGGAAGCUGUACCUAAGACUGAGGAAAGUGAAAGCAAAGCCCCAUGGAAGCCAAAGACGACUCAGACGUGCUGUGCGGAGAGCCGCAUCCCUCCCCUCACCCCUCACGCCUGCAGCAGCCAACUGAAGUUAGGGAGCCCCUGGGGGCUCUUGCCUACAGAGGAGCCCCUAAGUCAACUGCAGGACCGGUCAUCCCGCCAGCCUCCUCCCCAAGUCCCGGAACUUCUCUGGGAGCACCUUCCACCGGAAAGCUACUAGUCUAGCACGAGUUCCUUUAUUCGUGCUUCCUCGAUCUUAAGCAAACAAAACAUCUGGAGGCAGACUCUGGCAGGUUUCAAAGAGCAAAGCAGAUCCCCUCUUCUAGGGAGCUCAGGGCCCCCCCUCAGGGACACACACCUGAGUCCCGCGGCCUCCCCGGUGCCUUGCUGCACGCCUGGCACUGGAACGUGCCCUUCCCCAGCGAGGUCCUGGGGCCACCAGCAUUCAGGAGUCACUGUGAAUACGGCAAUCGGGGGUGGUUUUAAAUGCUUCUUUAUUCUUACAAAUGCUGUAAAAAUUAAUAUAAAAAAGUGAGCAUGCUCAGUCUUUUCCUCUUAUCUACAAUACAAAGGGUUUGUCUGAAAAGUUUGUUUCCUUUUUUUUUUUUUUUUUUUUUUUUUUUUUUUUUACAAAUGUACCUUAGCUGCAUCAACAGGAGUAAGAUGUAGAAAAGCUACCAUUAUAAAAA